CCCUCUUUGCGUCCACCAGACCAGCUAAAGAGAGCGGUGUCAUCAAUGACGGAGCUGCACAAUGGUGGUCCUGAACCACCCCCACCUCUGCUCCACCAUCUCAGCAUCACAGCAGCUUGUGGGGGCUCCAGGGCCUGGUCGCGCAUCCCACUAGCCACGUCACAAUACACACCACCAGUCAAGAAACUAAGACCUGUCAGAGAGCGCAAGGUAGAAAGCAGGUGACGCGAAGAAACUUAUCAAAGUCAGUGAGAAUCAAGAGAAAAUCGAGAAGAAAGUCUGAGUCUAGAAAGACGAGUUGUGGGAGUGAGUAUGACGUCACCUGUAUGUCUCUGGGGUGUGGGAUGUACAGAGUGUCCCUCCAGUUCACAAAGGCCGGCACCCAGAAGGUGUUUGCCUCGUGUCCUCUCUGCCAGUCAGUCAUGAGGAUCCACUGGCUGGAGGGAGUCUCCUUCUAUCCCCAGCCUUUCUACGUGGUCCCCGGCCCAUUCUCCCCUACCAACAGCACCGCUACUGACGCAAACAGUGGCCAAAAGGUAAACUCCAGCAUCGUCUACAAACCUGGCCCUCACAGCUUCUACAUAGACUGUCGGGAUUCUUACGGGAACUCGCACACUAUGGGAGGGGCAAUCAAGAGCGCAGUGAUUGUAGGGGCAGGUCCACUUGAUGUGGAGCCCCCAGUUUGUAGCCUGGCGGCAGUUACUGCCUCCAAAAGACUGGACAGCGAG